AUGUCGAACAGCAGGAAAAAUAAAUCAGAGAAAGCAAAGCAGGUCUGUGAAGAGAUGGACGGAAACAGAAGAAGGGAAGGAGGAGGAGGAGGAGGAGGAGGAGGGGAAACUAGGAGGAUUCAUGUGGUCUACUUCCUUAGUCGAAAUGGAAAGACUGAGCAGCCUCAUCUGAUUCGUGUUCAUCAUUUAAACAACAAUGGAGUUCAUCUUCGAGAUGUUAAGAGAUGGCUAUCAGAGCUUAGGGGAAGAGAAAUGCCGGAAUCCUUUUCUUGGUCUUACAAAAGGAGCUACAAAGCUGGCCACAUAUGGCAAGAUCUCACCGAUAAUGAUCUCAUCUCUCCAUUCUCUGACAACGAAUACAUCCUCAAAGGAUCACUCAUUCCUUCUCAACACAACAAAGCUGUCGAGCAAUUCUUUCCAUUCAAUGGAAGGAGUACUAGUUCAACUAGAAAACAAGACAGGGAAGAAGAAGAUGAAGUCGAAGACGAAAAUGAAUUAGAAGAAGAAGAAGAAGAGAUAUCUUAUGAGAGUUUGCAGAUUGAAGAUAACAUCUCUCCGAAGCCCCCUCCGCGUGGUGAUGAUGAAGAGUCGCCAUUAAGACCAGUACCUUCAACUUCAACUUCUUCUGAAGAAGCUAUUAAAAAUCAUACAGCUGCGAAGUCUAAGAGAAGAGAAGAGAUGAAGAAAGAAGGAGAUCAGGAGAAGAGUUGUAAUGAGGCUGUGAUUAAGAAGAGUGGCAGUAACGUUAAUAGAAGUAAUAGUAAAGGACGAAGAAGGGAAGUUCGGCCCCGCCGGCGGGCGGCGGAUAUUUUAAGGAAUCUCCUGAGAUGUAGGCUUGUGGAUAUAAAAGAUUCUCUGAAGAGAGAGAGUCGCCAGCGGAAUGGAUCCAUAUCGCGGAAGAAUUAUCAGACGAGUAAUAGCAACAAUGAGAGGAAGAACUGGGGGAAAAAAGGAAGCAAUGGAGGAUCAAGAAAAAUGACAGAAAAAUCUGCAUCCGUCCGAUACAAGCCUUCUACAGAGCCAAAUUGCUCGCAAUGCGGGAAACCAUUCAAGCCUGAGAAGCUGCACUCUCAUAUGAAGUCAUGCAUGGCUCUGAAAGAGAAAGGGAGAAGCUCCAGCUUUAAGAAAGAAGAGCAAACUGCAGCAAGAAGACCAUCGAAAGUUACAGUGACUGUUCUUUAG